GUUGUUCCGAGGUCAUCUAGCUGAUUCGCAUUAUUUUGCGAGGAUUUUUGUCUUGGUAUUUUCAGAUUUCCCUACAACAGAGCAACUUAGGAGUUCAAUCAACGAUGAAAUCAACAAUUUGGCUAUUGUGAACCAUGGAAAGUCAAUAUCUGCCUGGUCUCUUCUGCCCCGAGAGAGAACAAGGAGAAUGUCGGCAACAUCAGCAACCACUGCAGCAACCACAACCACCACAUCAGCAACAUUUUGCAUCUUACUCUGUUAAUCUACCAUACCAUGCUCCUUCACAGCAUCAGUCCGAGUUCCCGUUGGAUCAACCUUUCAGAGCAUUUUCUCAAAGUCAUCCAGCGGUUCCUACAUGUAUGUUGAGCAUGGUCAACCAUGAUUCUGGCCAUGUUGCUACAACCCAAAUCCUCCCACAGCCAUCGCUUCCUGUCAGAGGUCAAAGGGUCAAACCGUCCUCUGUUUUAACCAACUAUCUUCUUGCCACCACCCAGACACAUAAAGCAGUCGAAGAGAGAAACAUUCCACAUGUCGCACCUCAUGAAAAUGUUUCAGGGAGAAACACUUUGCCAGUUGCACUCCCUCUAUCCAUUGCUCCGAGUUGUGAUGGAGCAAUCGCAACUCCAACUUGUGAAUCUAUUGUAGCAAGGGACAUACCACUAACUACCUCUCAGAGUUCAAUUGCAGAGAGGAUUAUUCAGCCGAUUUCAGUUCUUAAAUCUGUUGUAGAUAGCAGCAUUCUCCCCGCCACUCUCGACAAAUCUGCUCCAAGUAGCGACACACAGCAUCAAGACCAACCAGCUGUUGCAUCGGGACCUUCAUCGCCGUGCAGUAGGAGUAGCCCUUCCGAAUCACAACAGUCAUUAUCCCAACAAGCAUCUCAUACCAGUCCUCCACUCCCAGACAACCCAGUCAUCGAGUCACCUCUUCUGGCUACUCUCAAUCUAAGAAAGACAGUCCCCUUGGAUCUUCCAUCGUCUUGCGCAUUACAUGUAUCGGAGGAGGAUGAUGUCAUUAGGGUGGUUGCCAAGGAGAUGAUGGAAAAGGGGGUGGAGUUUGGACCGAUGAAAGGAUCACUACUAGAUGUAGAGGAGGGAUGGUCUAAGGAAACAUCAUGGGAGAUCUGCGUCUUGGGUAGAGUGUGUCACUACAUUGAUGGGCGUAAAACCUGGAUGUCUCACGUAAGAUGUGCACAGAGUGAAGAAGAACAGAACAUGGAAGCCUAUCAAUUCUAUGGUGAAAUCUACUUCAGAAACACAAAGGUCAUUGAACCAGGAAGUGAACUCAAGGUCUUCUAUGGCAAGGAGUACAUGAAGCAUAUUGGAAUCAAGACAGUCUUGAAUGAACUUGAUGUCGACCAAGAUGCACAGAAGUUCUGUUGCAGUCUCUGCAAGCACUUGUUCAGCUCAUCCAAAAUGACCUUGAGACAUAUUAGAUGUGAACACACUAAUGGCAAAGUGAAAGACAAACUGCCCUUAAAAUCAAGGAAGAUAAAAGAGAAGAAGCCCAUCAAGCUGACAGUCAGCUCUAAACAUCUCUUCAAGGCAAGGAAGAGAGCUAGGAAGGAGAAAGAUAGUGAGUUCAAGUGUGAAACCUGUAAGAAAGUCUUUGCUUCCUCUGGCAGAUUGAAGGCUCAUGAACAAUUUCAUGAUUACGAUCAGGACCAUACUUGUCCCAUCUGUGGAAAGCGACAGAAGAACGCCCAGGCAUGGGCAAAACACAUGAUACUGCACAAACCAGUGAACGAAGCCAGAACCCACAAGUGCAGCGAAUGCAAUGGAAGGUACAAAUCGAAAGCUGCACUCCGGAAGCAUGUGCACCAGAUCCAUGGGUACCCUUGCCGGCUGUGUUCGGAGCGGUUUGCACGAAGGGGUGACUGCAGGAAGCAUGAACUUACCCAUCAAGCCUUCAUACCACCACAUGCUGCCAUGGAAUAUCUUGUUGCAGAAGCCGCUACUGAUAAGCCUUUGGACAUGCUUGGUAAAAGUGCCAAUUAUCACCAGCUACGGUACCAGUGCAGGUACUGUCCAAAUAGAUACAGUGACCACAGAACUGCCAAAAUACAUGAAAGGGAGGUUCACACAAGAGAAGGAACUUUCAAGUGUAGCCAGUGCACGAAGGUCUUCAGCUGUGAAAGUCGUCUCAAAGCCCACCUCUUGAUCCAUGAGCAGACUUACAUAUACCGCUGCCCGUUUUGUCCAAGGAGCUUUGCAUCGGAAAGCGCCCUCAACAGUCACCAAGGAGAACACAACGGACUGAAGCCAGUGAAGUGCGAUGUCUGCGGGAAAGGAUUCAAGAGUAGGAGGCAGUUCCUUGCACAUAAACGCCGUGUCCACUCGAACCGUCCGAAGCGCUACUUCUGCUCGUUCUGCAAUUUUGGGUUUGCGGAGAGGAGCGACUUGAGGAGACACGAGGAGCGCCACCGGGGAAUUCGACGGUAUAGUUGCCCGGAGUGUGAAAAGACUUUCACCUCCAACACUUCCCUCACGGCUCAUGUCCAAGCCCUGCAUAGUAAGGAAAAACCAUUUUCAUGUGCAAUAUGUGGGAUAUCUUUUGCCUUGAAUUACAAGUAUACAUUACAUAUGGUCAAACACAAUUUACAGGUCAAAGGGAGUAGUAUCACAGAAUGCAGUACUAGUACUACAGCAUCAGAAAUUGUUAGUUCUUAUUAGAGUGUCCCACCUGAUGAAGCCUGACUAAAGCUUUGUUAUUAAGGGUCGGUAAUGUCAAUUAUGUUUCAAGUAUCAUCUUCCAUGCCAAUAUCACAGAAGCAUAAGCUGUUGAAUCUUUUGCUCAAAUGCCAAUGCUUUGUAAAAAUUCAGAGGGAUUGGUAUCUACAUUCUGUAUCUAGCGCCUUUUCUCAGCAAUGUUUUUUUUUCUUAUAAAAAAAGAAGAGACUUUGAUCACUUAUUUUACAAACUUGGUGACUGAAUAUCAGAACGGAAUUGA